AUGAACACUGCGACAGUGGGUUUGGCGGUUACGCCAACGGUCAUAUCCACUCUUUUAUCGCAUUACCUCAGUCGGAAACCACGGGCCAAAAAGCCCACGGCUCACCUGUCGUAUGACGAGGGCCUUCAUCUUAUUCGCUCGUUUCUUCAGUAUGCCUCGCGUCACACAGUCGAGGAUCUCCAAGCCUUCACCAGCCAAUGGGUCCCUCACCCUCAAUGGGUCAAAGUCGACGUGGUCGAUAUUCCAGAGCGCGAUCUCUCGAGGUCGGCCGAUCUGCUGGCUGAACAACUCGGCCCGGAAGGUCUUCGUCAAGUAGGCGGAAAGCAAUGGUGGCAGUGGCGCAAGGAGAAGCAUGCGCUCAGGGCGGAGUGGAUCGAGAUGAAGGCUGAUUACCAGGAGCGGUUGAAGGCAAAUGACCCAGGAAACCGCGUCAUGCUUUAUGUUCAUGGGGGAGCGUAUUAUUUUGGCAGUGUGGACGAGCAUCGGUAUCAGAUUCAACGACAUGCGCGAAAAUUAAAGGCGAGGGCUCUCGCGCCGCGGUACAGACUUGCGCCGCAGUAUCCUUUUCCUUGCGGUCUGCAGGACUGUUUGGCGACGUAUCUCUAUCUUUUGACGCAGCAGGAGUCCAGCACUAUUAUUCUCGCGGGCGACUCGGCUGGCGCGGGUAUGAUUUUGUCGGUGAUGGUUAUCCUCAGAGAUGGGGGGCUGCCUCUGCCAGCAGGCGCGGUUCUGAUCAGUCCCUGGGCUGAUUUGACGCACUCCUUUCCGAGUGUUGCGGGUGAUUGUCCGAUGGAUUAUAUUCCACCUUCCGGUUUCCACCACAAGCCAUCGCCUGCGUGGCCUCCGCCGGAUGAGGAUGAGCUGAACGAGCUCAAGAAGGUUGCCAUGCAGCAGAAGCAGGAGAUCGCCGAGGAGAAGGAGAUGGACGGGAAGGAGGGCGGGUCGGAUGAGGCUCAUGUUCCUAGUCAGAAGGAUGUCAAGGAGACUACGCAUAAGCUGAUGUUUGAUAUCGACGGGGAGCAGAUCACGGUCAGGGAGCAGAUUCAGAUCUACACCACCAACGACCUCCUAGCCCACCCUCUGGUCAGCCCGAUCAUGCAACCCACUCUCGGCGGCCUACCGCCUCUCCUCAUCAUGGUCGGCGGCGGUGAAGUCCUCCGCGACGAGCAAAUCUACCUCGCCCACAAGUGCGCCAACCCCUCGCAGUACCUCCCACCAGAAGCCCUGAUGGACGACCACGCCAGAGCCCAGGUGGAAAGAUACAAGCCCACCGACGUGUACCUCCAAGUCUGGGACGACAUGUGCCACGUCGGCCCUACACUGAGCUUCACCAGGCCGGCAAAAUACAUGUACCGCAGCGUGGCCCAGUUCUCGGCCUGGGCGCUGGCGAGGGCACAAGGGACCGAGAUUGCGAUUUUGGAUGAUGAUGUCAUCUCUGUCAUUUCGAAUGAUAGUUCUUCGAGUGAUGGUGAGGAGGAUAAGACAAAGCCCGAGGUGACCGAAACCACUGAGCAAAAAACGACGGACCAGGAGAAGAAUACCCCUACCCCGACAAGCCCCCUCUCCAUCGGCACCGCCUCCUCCCCCUUGCCCCCGUUCAAAAACAACAUGAUCCGCCACCGCGUCACCCGCCACGGGGACAUCUUCCCCCUUGACCCACCCUCCGCUCUGCCAGGGUGCACCAUGUCCCGGGAUCUGGUUGGGGUAGUCAAAGUAGGCACUGUCAGGAAGUGGUACGAGCACAAAAAGAGGUGGGAUGUGAAAUUUGCAAAGACAAAGGCGCGUGUGCAUAAGCAGCGGAUCAAGGACAUGAAGGUGGGGUAUGAGGUGUUUGGGGAGGGGGAGGUGCCGCCCCCGACGGCGCUGGCGGGGAGGAGGAAGAUUGAUGAUGGGGGUGCGGUGGAGAGGAAGAAGAAGGGGAAGGGGAGGAGUUAUGGACUUAGUCUUUGGGGGAGCUGGGGGAGCAAGCAUGACGAGAGGACAAGGGGAAAUAUGGCGUUGGCGGAGGGCGGGCUUGGGAAGUCGGUGGGGAGGGAGUACAAGGCGGGGAAUAAGGCUGAGGGGGAGGGGGCGAGGGAGUGGGAGGAUAUCAGGUUGCAGGGGGUUGAGCAGGAAAAGGAGAACAGAAAGGUUGGGGGGAGUCCGGCGAGGAGCAAGAUUAAGAGUUGGAAGAAGCUGGUGAGGGAUGAGAAGGAGGAUGAGAAGUUGCCCGAGGUGAAGGGGGGGGAGGAGAAGGGGGGAGAGGAGAUGAAGAAGGAGGCGGGUUUGAAGCCUGCUGGGCCGAUGGUGCCGGAGGAGGAAAGGGGGGGUGAUGAUGAUGAUGCAAAGGGGACUGAGGCCGAUGCUCAAGACACUGACGAAGGGAAUUCUGGUCUUUUGUCUCCGGAGGACAACAGCACAGGCGUGACUGGCAAACGGCUCUUUCUCGGCGGGGUGGCCAUGCCAUUCUCUAUGCGCAAAGAAGCGGAGACGGCCUCCAUGAUCACACUUGCGCCUGCCUCGCCUAUGGAACAGAGUUCCGUCCGGUUGUCGACAGCUGAUUCCGUCAGUUUGGCACCCUCGAGAACUGCGCCGCUCGAGGCGCCGGCUAUCAGUGUCCAGGGGGUGUCGGAUGAUGACACCAUGUCUACUCCGAAGAGAGCAGCCGAAAGAGCGUCGAAUAUUACUGUUGCGACUGAGUGGACGACGUUGGAUGAGCCGGGAGUGAGUGAUCCGAAGGCGUCCAAGAGUGAGGUCGGCACGGUGUGGACAGAAGAGGAUGAGGGGGAGGAUAAGGCUACGCCGUUGCCGACGCCGAGUGUGCUGACUGGGAGCAUGUAUACUGCUACUCCUGGGCAGAGCAGGCCGGAGCUGGAUCGGUUUGUGACUGCUGAUGAGGUGCCUAGGGCAUCGUACUGA